ACCGUUAAAACACCAAAACAACAACAACAACAAAAAUGUUCAAAGUAGCUGGCAAAGCGGAGAUUAUAAGAUCUCAACAGAAGGAUGAAUAUUACCUGACAUACUUGAGAAAAAUGUCAGCUGAUGUUGUCCAUAGCUUGCUUGGUGCAAGGGCCUGGAUUACUUGGCGCAGAGAGCUGGACCUGGCAGCUGACCUUGGGUACUUCUGUCUCACAACCCUCUCGGGUUUCCAGACCAUAGGUGAGGAGUAUGUGAACAUUAUCCAGGUGGAAUCUUCCAGAAGACAUGUACCCUCUAUACUGCGUCGCCUCACUAUGGUACUCUUCCACGUGUUGAUACCGUACACCAUACGCAAGGGUCUAGACUGGCUGGAGAGGAGGCUGCAGUCACAUGGUCUCCAGGAGGUCCCCAUAGCAACCAGGGAGUUUCUCCUGAAGUGCAUUCCCAUUGCUAGGGACCUGGUCCUUUACACACACAGACUGCACAUGGCUGUGUUCUACAUGCAAGGAAUGUUCUAUCAACUUGCAAAGCGAUUCAAUGGAGUGCAAUAUUUGCAGUACACAGGUGGUGCACAGAGGGUGUCUGAUGAUUCAGUGAGCAAGAGUUUCCGAAUUCUAGGCUGGCUGACCCUGGCCCAGCUUGCGGGGUCUGCAUUGCUGGGAACCAGGGCAUACUUGCAGCAGACGUACAGAAAGGGAGCCGGCCUGAUAGGAGGAAGUGAUACCCAUUCAGAGGUGGGAGGUCAGGUGUCCCCAGACAGAAAGUGUGCCCUGUGUCUGGGUGAGAGGUCACGUAGCUCCGCGACCCCCUGUGGCCACCUCUUCUGCUGGAGCUGCAUACACGACUGGUGCGCGACCAAGGCCGAAUGUCCUCUGUGUAGGGAACACGUAGAGCCACACCGUAUCGUCUGCCUACAGAACUUUGAUGCCUCCUGAUGAUAGUUGAGGGUGUAUGUGAUGCAGAACCUAUAACUGUACCUCAUUCUGAGGAAACUGGUCUUAAUGCAUGUGCGCAAACUUUCGUCCCAGAUUGGCCUGUGCAGUCCGCACAGUCAAAUCAGGGACGACACUUUUUGUCUAAACUGGACUUCUCUUCAGAAAAUGCUUCCUAUUUAUGAUAAAUUUCAUAUAAGCGGAAAAUGUCUUUCCUAAAUAGCCUGUGAGCACUGCUCUAAUCUUGGACGUCAUUUAACACACUUGCAUUAAGCCCAGUUUUUCCAGAGGGUGGCUCACCUCAUUUGUACCUCAUAUCUGGUACUGUGCACGGGCUGUGAUAUGGAUUUCUCCUGCCGUAAUGUCCCGCGACCAGCUACUUAUGGUGUUGCUCGCACUGGCGACCAUGUUGUGUAAUGUGAUUUUUUUUGUUACACUUAAAAUAUUUUCUGGAAAUAAAGUGACUUUAAACAAUA